AUGGACUCGACCCCGAUCCAACCUGAUCAGUCGACAUCCGAGAAAGAAGAUGUAAAAAUAAUGACAAAUGACGAGUCAACGGCCACCGACGCACUGCAAGUAGAUGAAUUCGAAGAUAAUUCCAAGAUACCCAGACUUUCAUACCUUCGCAUAUACCUUACGUUCGUCAAUCAUGGGGCUCGCGCUUGGGGAGGACCAGUUGCUCAAAUAGCAAAUCUUCAAGAAGCCUUUGUAAUCCAACAAAAGUGGAUUACCCCCGCCAGGUUCAAUAGAGUGUUUGGAGUAUACCAAAUCCUUCCUGGCCCAGAGGCGACCGAAUUGGCGAUGUUUUUUGGGUAUAAUGUUUACUUUAACGCUUCGUUUAGGGCUUUGCAGCCCAUAGUAGCAGCCAUGGUCUUAAGAGCUGUCCAUAAGAUAGGCACUCAUGCAUUUGUAUCUCAUAAAACGAAAAAACUUAAUUGGUUCCUCGUCAGUCUUGCCAUUAUGUCUGCCUUUCAAUCUGCAUUACGCAUAAACUUUUUUAUUUCACUAGGCAUAGGUGGCAUAGCGUAUGUAUUGAUAGACAGGAGAUUAUAUUGGGCAGCAGUAAUUUUACUUGCGUUGCAGUAUGUUGGGUUUGGUCUAGUCGUCAAAUACAAAGGAUGGCCAUCGCCAUCUUCAUUGGGUGUUGGAGCUGCGAAAGUGACUGACCCUGGCCAUAUUUUUGGACUUGGGCUUUUGGCUGGCAGUCUUUCAUUUGGUGGCGCAUACACGACCAUACCUUUUCUCAAAACUGAAGCAGUGGAAAUCGGCAAAUGGUUAACUAAGCAGGCAUUCCUCGAUGCCAUUGCAAUUGGAAAUGUCCUUCCAUCGCCACUUGUAAUGUUCUCUACGUUUCUCGGGUUCCAGUCGGGUAUCAACUUUGGCGGAGUUGGAUGGGCGUUUGUCAACGCCGUCUUGAUCACUUUAGGCAUCUUUCUCCCAUGUUUCCUAUUUACUAUACUUGGUCAUCACCAACUAGAACGGGUGGUCCGGAAUAAAGCAUUGGCAGCAUUCUUUGAUGGCAUUACAGGGACUGUGGUUGGCAUCAUUGCGAUAACCGCCUUAGAUUUGUUAAAAGGGUCGUUGACUUUUGUGCGACCAGAUGGGGAGGUUAAUACCGGUACGAAUGGCGUAGAAGGAUCGCAGAGUGCCAUUGCUGCUGUGUUGUAUGUAUUAUCGCUCGCGGCAUUGUAUAGUUUUCGUCACAAGUACACGUCAUUGUUACUGGUUAUACUCGGGGCCAUUGGUGGGCAAUUUCUCUUUGUCAAUGAAUAA